AUGGCACCUCGUGACGAUAGACCCGAAAUCAAGUUCCACGACGCUCCUGGCAUGCCCGACCCCGGCUUCUACUCGCACUCUGUCAGUCUAAACCAAGCCAACCGCCUAGUUUUCACGUCUGGCAUUAUCGCCCAACGACCCGACGGUAGCAUUCCCGAGGCGCUGGAAGAGCAGGCCGCUGCGGUGUACAAGAACCUGGAGGAGGUAUUGCAGAAAUCCGGGUCGUCUCCGCGAGAUGCGAUCAAGGUCACUUUCUUCGUUGUGGACUGGUCAUUGACGCAAGCCGAAGCCUUCGUCAAAUUGUUUCUUGACUUCAUGACCAAUGGUUCCGACAACCCCAACCGACCCGUCACAACCCUAGUGCCUGUCACGCAACUGGCAAUUCCCGGCGCCAAGGUCGAGGUCGAGGUGGUAGCGGCUGUCGGAGGACGUGCGUCUGCCUACCCGGCGCCAUCGGUCCGCUCAUUUGAUCGUCCAGUAGACCCGCUGAAGGUCGACGUGGUGGUUGUGGGUGGCGGCUUCUCUGGCUUACAAGCAGCAUGGGAUCUUCAAAAAGCUAGUUUAAGCUGCGUCCUUCUGGAAGCGAAGCAUCGUAUCGGUGGUCGAAGUCGGUCGCAACAGCUACAAAGUGGGCCGGGAAUUGUCGAACUCGGGGCCACCUGGAUCAACGAAAAGACGCAGCCGAAAGUGUUCGCAACCGCCAAAAGGCUCGGGUUGGACAUGGUGAAGCAAUACACUGAGGGAGAUGAAGUCUGGCAGUUCCCAGACGGCCGAGUCCUGCGAGCCAUCCCAGGUUCGCCGGAAUUUGACCAGACCGCCGAGUUCAACAUGGCGCUAUGCGAGGUGGUUGACGCUGGGUGCAAGGACAUCGACAUCCACAAGUCCGGCGAGUUCCCCUCAAAUCUGGACGUCUCUGUCGAGACGUGGGCCGCGAGCAGAGGUCUCAGCGACACCUUGGGCAAGUCCGCGAUGACGUUCUUCACCAGCGCGGUCGUCGGUCGUGAUUCAUCAGAGAUUGGCAUGCAUUAUUUCCUAGAUUACGUCAAGUCCGGCGGAGGCUUUAUGAGUCUCGCUACUGAGGGCGAGUAUGGCGCGCAAUCCCUCAAAAUCAAGCAAGGUACAUCGGCCAUUGCAACAGGCCUCGCCGACGAAAUGAAGCCUGGUUCCAUCCUCGUCGGCAGCCCUGUCGACAAUAUCCUCCAGACGGCCGAAGGGGCGCUGGUGUCGACGGCGACGGGUACCCAAAUUUCGUGCCGGAAAGUAAUCAUUGCCAUCCCGACCAACACCUACGAGAAGAUUCACUUCUCGCCACCAUUACCUCAUGACAAGAGCGCGCUCGUCUCCCGAAGCAAGCCAGGCGUCUAUGCCAAAAUGAUACUCACGUACAGCCGUGCCUGGUGGAGAGAACUAGGUUUGGUAGGCAAGUUCUCGAGCCUGAAGGGCCCCAUCUGCUUCUCCUGGGACAUUUCGGACGAGACACGGCAGCAAUACUCGUUGGCGCUGUUCAUUGCAGGUGGCAUCGCGGCUCGAUGGGCGGAGUUGAACGAGCUGCAACGCGUCGAAGCCGUGAUCGACCAUCUGGCCGAGCUACUUGGGCCGGAGCACGGGCAUCUUGCGCAGGACGACGUCCUGGAAGUCAACUAUGUGAACUGGUCGGAGGAGGAGUACCUGGGUGGCGCACCCACGUCGGCUAUGCCGCCUGGAGUGCUCUCCAAGUAUGGUUCGGCACUCAGACAGCCGUUCAAGCACAUCCAUUUCGCCGGUGGCGAGACGGCGUACGAGUGGAAAGGAUAUCUUGAGGGUGCGCUGAGGGCGGGUUCUCGAGCGGCAGAGGAGGUGAUCGAGUGGGCGAAACAGGAGGAUCUGCUAACGAAGGCUUCGCCAAAACUAUGA